AUGGGGGUGGCGGGCACCGAGCUGCCCGGCGGCAACGUCAGCGCCAACCAGAGCGCCGCAGACCCCACGGUGUCGCGGGACGUGUGGGUGGUGGGCAUGGGGAUCCUCAUGUCGCUGAUCGUGCUGGUCAUCGUCUUCGGCAACGUGUUGGUGAUCACCGCCAUCGCCCGCUUCCAGCGCCUGCAGACGGUCACCAACUAUUUCAUCACCUCGCUGGCGUGCGCCGACCUGGUGAUGGGACUGGGCGUGGUGCCCUUCGGUGCCUGCCACAUCAUCAUGGAGAUGUGGAAGUUUGGGAACUUCUGGUGCGAGUUCUGGACCUCUCUGGACGUGCUUUGCGUCACAGCCAGCAUCGAGACCCUCUGCGUCAUCGCUGUGGACCGAUACUUUGCCAUCACCUCCCCGUUCAAGUACCAGAGCCUGCUAACCAAGAGCAAGGCACGCGUGGUCAUCCUGGUGGUGUGGGCGAUCUCGGCCCUCACCUCCUUCCUGCCCAUCCAGAUGCAUUGGUACCGGGCAGACCGUGACGAGGCCAUCCUCUGCUAUGAGAAGGACACGUGCUGUGACUUCUUCACCAACCAAGCCUAUGCCAUUGCCUCCUCCAUCAUUUCCUUCUACCUGCCGCUUGUGGUCAUGGUAUUUGUGUACGCCAGGGUCUUCCAGGUGGCCAAGAAGCAGCUGCAGAAGAUAGACCGGAGUGAGGGGAGGUUUCACAUCCAGAACAAGGAACAGGACCAGAACGGGAAAGCUGGGCACCGCCGUUCCUCCAAGUUCUUCCUGAAGGAACACAAAGCCCUGAAGACCCUGGGCAUCAUCAUGGGCACCUUCACGCUAUGCUGGCUGCCCUUCUUCAUCGUCAACAUCGUGCACGUCAUCCAGGACGACAUCAUCCCCAAGUACGUGUACAUUCUCUUGAACUGGCUGGGCUAUGUCAACUCUGCCUUCAACCCCCUGAUCUACUGCCGGAGCCCGGACUUCAGGUACGCCUUCCAGGAGCUCCUGUGCCUCCGCAGGUCUGCUCUGAAGAUGUAUGCCAAUGGCUACUCAAACAGCAACGGCAGGAGCGACUACAACGAGGAGGACAACGGCUACCCCCUGGCACCGGAUAAAGCCAGUGAGCUGCUCUGCGAGGAGGGCUCCUUCCCUCACCCCGAGGACUUUUUGCACUGCAAAGCGGGUUUGCAUUGCGUUCCCGCAGCACUUGGCGGCGGGCGCACGGUCUGUCACGGCGGCAGACGCGGGCGGGCAGGUGGGGACGGACGCACGGACGGACGGACGGACGGAGGGGUGGCCGUGCUGCUCGGCGCUGCUCGGAGCCCUCACUGGAAGAAAGCAGCGAUCGAGGGGCGGAAAUGGAGCUCCCCCCUCGCUUUCUUCCGCAGCUGCAAUUUGAAAGAGGGGAGCCGAGGAGGAUGUGAAAGCGUGGUGUGUUCAGAAGCACGUGGGAAAGAUGGGGGAGGGACGGCCCCGCGCCCCUUGGGAGCUCUUCUCCCUGCCUGCACUCGGAGGGUUUUGUUGGCACCGUUGCUAGGAGGCGGCUCGCACCCACCUGGGCUGCUCUGUGGGGAGGAGGUUCUGCCUGCCCGCAGCUCCCGCAGCCCCUUCACCGCGGCUCCUUUUGCUGCCCUCGCGGUUACGGCCAGGGCGCGCUGGUCGGCAUCAGCUCGUAAGGACAGCGCUGGUGCUGCAAGGUUCAGGGCGGCUGCAGAAUCAUCCUUGAGCUCGCAGCAUUCCUCGUGAUAAAGCCGCACCCGGUUUUGUGGGGAAGGGUUUGUAAAUCCUCGUGCUCCCUUCUGCCUUCCCCCAGGUAUCCCAAUUCAGUCUGGGAGGACAGGCAGCCCUUAGCCCUGUCCUAGCCCUGAGCUGGCUGCUGGCUCUGCUCCGUUUGCAGCCUCUGCAGCUUGGUGCGUGCUACAGAGCGGCAGAGAAUGUGUCCAGCAGAGCUCUGUGUCACUGCCAGCUUUGCUGCCUGUGCCCAUCCGCACCUUCCUUGGUGCUGUCAGCAGUGCCCAAGCACUCCCCAGGUCAUUGGGUUCAGGUUUUACAUUACAGCGUGAACAAACGAGAAGGGUGUGAUGGCACAGAGCAGUGUGUGGCUGCGGGGAGCAGGAGGCCAGGUUGAAAAAACAUUUUCUCCUCAGAUAAACAUUAACAGGCUGUCCUGGCAGGGGAGACCUGGUGUGGGGUCAGGUGCUUUCAGCUUCCUACUGUAAAGGGCUGAAAGGCAAGGGGCCCUGUGCUGUAGGGCUGGUGUCAGUGCCCCAUGUAGGUUAGAGAUGCACCACAUUGGAGAUGCAUUUCAGCUCAGUAUGGGUCCUGAUUAUCACAAAGCAAGAAGUGAAAAUUAGCCUCUUGGUUGAAGCGAUUGAUUUUUACUGUGCCAUUAAUCCUGCCUAGGCUGGUGUUAGCAGGAGUGUAAGGUGAGGGGGUGUCCCACGGUGAUGGCUCUUGGUGGAGGGGCAGGAGAAAUCCAGCAUCCACAUCUCAGUUGCUGUGUGCAUUUUUUAUUAUUAUUAACUACUAUUUGCAUUUCAACAGCAUGUGCUGUGGAUGAGGAUUUUAUUGUCCAAAUAAUCGCUCUGCUUGCUUGGCUGGCUGUACUCAUACUUCAGAUGUUGGUGCUGUUUGCAGCCAGAGCUGAGCCAUGAGCAAUGGGUGACUGCAGCACUGCUGCAGUGUGCAGAGCACAGAGAUGUGGAAGGGACAGGGGAUGUCUGUCUGUCUGAUGACCUCUCAGUACAGUGUUAAGGUGCAGUGUUAGGAAACCUCAAGCUUACCCAUGUCUGAGUGUUGAAAAGCUGAUUUCUUUCCUCUAAGACACCACUAGUAAAACUGGUGAGGCUAACUGCUCAGUUCUGGAAGCAGCUGGAACUAAAAGAGAUAAAUACCAGAGUAGUAAAAGUUGUGUCACCAAUGAAGUCAAACUUGAUUAACCCUUCCUGUUUCAUGAGGAAAAAAAAAAGCUGAAUAAAGGAAUCCCUUUGCCUAUUGAAAUGCAUUGUAAUUAAAAGAAUUUAGAGAUGUAUGCUAGGGACUCAGAAAUGGAGUAUUAAGUCAGGAUGCAGUAGCUGCUACAGUGAUUUUAGGGUCAGGAGAAACCCAGCACGCACAUUUCAGGAUUAACACUAGCAGAGGGCUGGCUCGGGUUAAGUACAUGUGAUAAAACACAGCAGUAACUUCAUUAGAGGACAAGCACUGUGAUGAAAUGCUGGGUUCUUAUUGCAGGCUGCUUGCUAUGCUGCAGCCACGAUGUGCAUAGAGCAAGGGCAGGAUGGUGCGAGCACGAAGGCUGGGUGUGAGCUGGAGCUUGGCAUGCCUGUACCUUCAUGCUUUCAGUCACUUCAGCCAAGGAGGUUGUUACUGUUUUUGAUGCCUUAGUUGAGAUGAGAGGCAUGAUUGCAGCUUUUGUGGUGUCACAAAGUACCGUUCUUACUGCAGGUCCCUUCGUUAUUGCUGUAGCUCCAUCCCCUAAAACGGGCAGAGUAUCACAAGCUGCUGCCUUAUGUCAGUCCUUUGCUUCUUGGGAUCAAUUCUGGAGACCUUCUGCUUUCUGGGAAGCCCAGGCCUUGAAACCCAGCCUCGCUCACUGUGGCUCUGGGGAACUGUGGGGCAGCAGAUCCCCCCCUCAGCGCCAAUGUGUUUGUCUGGGUGUCACUGAUGCACAGUGUGCCCCUCUGUGUAUCUCUGUGGGGGCUGGCCCAGAGCCUGUGGCUAUUUCUUUGGAGCCCCGGUUAAAGGCAGUGCUGAGCAGUGGGUACAGCAGGGAGGACGGCAGAGACUGAAGUUACCAAACCCUCCUGAAUGCCUGACAGCAGGCCAGGGCUCAGCGCAGAGAGGAGAGCCUCGUGUCUCCAAGCAGCACACAGCGUGCUGUGUUUUUCUAAGGGUUUGUUUAUGUAUUUAUUUACUAUAAGGAACAUGUUUUUGCAGCAGAGGGAGAGCAUUUACAGGGCUGGCUACAAGCACACCACAGGCUUCAAGCUCUCCCAGCAUCUCUUGCCCUUCUGAUAUUACAACACUGCUGCCAGCAACUCCAAACACCACUCUGCCUGAGGGAAAGGCUUCUUCCCCUCUGUUCACCAGCCCUCUGCAUCCAAGUGUUUGUGUUCACUGGUACGAUGAGCCCAUUUCCCAAGAAGAUGAGUUUAUGAGCAUGCUCAUUCCUCUGGCAGGAGGGAGGACAUCCUGCCUCGCAUGUUCCCUUCUGUGCUGUCUAUCAGCAAACAGUAAGUGCCAUCCCAUCACAACAGCAGGGGAACAGAGGUUCUCUGACCAGCCAUGGCUGUGUCCCUGAGCAGGGAGGGUGGAAAUGGGGAGCUGUCACCUCAGCCACCCAUGCAGGAACAUCCAGCACCAGGAGCACCCUGUUCCUCAGCUGAGCCGCAGUGUUUGCUGACUUGUAAGAGCCGUGUGCCAUGUUUUGAAAGCAUUAGCCCUAACCUUUCUUCUUGGGUUUGUAGAGAACAUCUUGCAACUGACACACAGCCCAGGCUGUGGACACACAGUCAUUUGGCAGCUGGGGUAGCUACACCCUUACGCAGACAUUCCUUCAGUGACAGCUGCAGGGACACUCAAGGGAACAUGUAGGUGCUGCUCGUGAUAUUAUGGAGCAGGGCAGCAACACUGUGCCCACUGAGAGAUGUUCCUUGUGCCCGCACUGCAGCUGGUGGUACCAGCAGAGCUGGGGCACAGCCACAGAACAAAGUGCAGCAGCUCAACUGGGAAUGCAGAGCUCCUGUGGUUGUGGUAGUGCAUCCCAGGACCGGGCAGAGCUGUGCACGCUGGAACUGAGUUUACACACAGCUUGGAAGAAAGUUGUCUCGCCUGCUAAGUGUGGUGAAAUCUGUCUGUAGGAGCUGGACCCAACCCUGUCCCUGAAAUACAUUCUUGUGGAAAACAAAGCGGAUUUGCUGCUUCUCCAUGCAUACAGUUUGAGUUUUUCUCCUGUUUUCUCACCCUAUCAAUGGCAGGAACCUUUUCAGUGCAAUAUUACCAGUGCCAGCAAGAGUGGGUUGGGAAAUAUUUUCUUGUUUACUGCCCUUGGUAAGGCCAUUUUUGCACAAGUGCAUAUAUAUUUAGAUAUAUGUAUGUAUAUGUGUGUAUAUAUCUUGAUUAUCUAUAUACAGUGGUAUACAGAUCUGUAUAUAAAUAAGGAAAUGUAAAGGUGUUUUGUUGUGCUAGCUACAUGAAGACAUGUAUGUUCAAAAAUUAAAGUAUUUAUUGCAGGUCCUAAUGGUUGACAUUGUGUUUAAAUAAAGAAUAUUUAUGGUA